CACCACGGAUUGUAGCCCUUACUCUACGCUCGUGUCAAGACAUUUAUUAUGUGUUUAUUUACGAGUUUUGAUAUGUAUUUUGCUCGGUUUUAUCACCUACGUGGACAUUGUGUUAAAUAAAAGAAUUUUUUUUUCGUCUCCUAAUUCUCAUAAUUGUAACAAAUUUAAUAUUUUGUGAUUUGAUUCACUGUCAGAUCUCUCGAUAAUAAAUGCACAAAAAAAUUCAUAUAUCCAUUAGUUCGAAAAAAUCGGUUGAUCGAAAUCAUCAAAGAAAAUAUUACUUUAACGUUUCACUCUACUAAGUCUAGAUGGUUGAAGGCAAUGAAGAUGAUAAUUUAGGGUGGUUCGAGAGGCCCGAAUUAACCCAGAAGAUGAUGAGAAUUGAUCAGCUUAUGAAUUCACUCAAGCGAGAAUUCAAAAAAUUAUUGAAAGAAAAUAAUCAUCUGAAAGAUACUAUAUCAUCGAAUCUAACUAGAUUUAAUUCUAGUACUGCCGUAAAAGCAAGUGGAAGGAGCGAUUCGUCAGAAACUGUCUCAAAAUUGGAUUUAAAAAGUAGAAGAUUUCGUGAUGAUAUCUUCAUACAAGAAGGUAACAAUUCACCAGAGAAAAUGUUGACUGUUGAUGCUCAUACGCCUACUAAAAGCAAGAAAAUUCUUGCAGAAAAUGAGAUUACUGCUCAGUUCGAUUAUGAUUUUGGUCAGAGCUGGUUGGAACAGUCUGAGCGAUCGAAGUCCGCUUCCAUCAGCAGUGAACAUCAAUUGCAAAAGAGUCCAUUAAUAGGCAAUCAAAAACGGACUAAAUUAAAAAAAAGCCAAUCACCAAGAAUGGAUUUAACUCAAAGACUUUCUCCCAGCAGUGCCAAAGACGAUUCAAAAAAAGUAAAAAACGAACCACACACAGUGUCUCAGAUAUCUGUUUACGAGGAUGUAAAACCUUUGGAUACUACUGAAUCUCUCUUCACUUCAAUAAAAGAAAAGGAAGAUCAAACAUUCGUGUCUCCUCAACCAAAACCCCGUUCAAAGUUAGGCAUCACCAAAUUGUACAAUGUAAAUACGAAGUUAUUAAGCAACGGGAACAAGGUAAAGCAAACUAAACUUGUAUUUACAACUGAAGAAGAGAAAACAGAUAUCAGUAGCGCGAAUUGUAGCAAUCAAGCUGAAAUUGAUACCUGUGAUUCCAUUUUUAAUUUAACUAUAUUGAAUGAUGCAGUUGUUGAAAAUAUGAAUACCGAAAUAGAAGAUCCAUUUUCUAGUACAAACUCUUCCUGUAAUACUGGUAAAAAAACGUCUUCGUUCCAAAAACGGCUGAUUGCGGAGGAAGAUGGUAUUGUAGAAAUCUAUCCAAGUGCAUUGAACUCGUGCAUAAAGAGGAGUAAAUAUCACAAGUUUAAGAAACAAGAUGACAUAUCAAAAAAAAGUUCAAAAAUUUCGAAAUCACCUAAAAGAGAAAAUUCGGUGACUUCUAAAGUUUUUACUUUAAAAACAGAUGAAAUUGUCUUUGCUCCACAAUGUUGUUCGACUCAAAUUUCCCUUUCAAAGAAAGCGGACAAGUGCGAUAUGCGAUCGAUACAAGAUUUAUGUACCGAUUCAGAUACAAAUUUCACUUUCGAUGAAAAAAACACUUUGAAAAAAGAGUCUCCUGAACAUACAAGUAAAGCGAUUCUUGCAGAUGUCUCGAACACAUUUUCUCCUCAGAAAUCAAAAUCUGAAAAACGCGAAGAAAAUCAAAGCCAGGAAAGUCAUGCCCCAGUCACCGAAACUGCUAUGGAAGAUGAAACUUUUUUUUCUCCUGGAGAACAUAGAAACGAUUCUGGUUGUGAACAAAUACCUAAAGCGGCAACCUCUGAACAAAAAAAUGCCACAUCUGUAAAAGCAAAACGAGUUCUCAUCAAUAGUUUCGAUCAGGUGCCUGCGUCGAAAAAGCGGAAUCCUGAGUACGCGUAUGCAGUGCAGUCUGUAAAAAAAAAAUGCGAAAGAAUGGAGCUAGAUGGUUGGUCUUGUUGGUCCUGCAAGGAGUAUUACGAGAACAUGAAACUUCCCGAAGAGGAGCUCAGAGAAUAUAUGAAAAAGUGUUCCCGGCAUAAAGCAAAACAUGACCCAGAAUACCACACUCCACCAGUUGGUUUUUGAAAUUCCUUCAAAUUUUCAAAGAAAAAAGCACCUGCAGGAAAACAGUCAAACCAGCUGAUUUUGCAACAUCACGUAGAUUUGAAUACAGAUACUUAGUAGGAGUUUCUCCCUCAAAUCAUUCGAUACCGUGAAAAUAACAGGUGAGCCAGUUAUUUUGUUCUUCCGCAGCGAUACAGAUAUCCGAGAAGAGAUAAGGUGGUGUAGUUAUCCAGUGUCCAAUAUAGUUAUAAUCUAGUGCAAUGACGGCCACUUCAUUUGCAAUAAAGUUAUCUUCAAGAUCACGAAAGCCUUGAAUAUCUAUCACGAAGUCCAUAAUAUUUGUUACAUAAAAAAGUAUGUUUACUGAUGAUGAGUUUGACGAUGGAGACAUCGGUGACAAAGAGUAGGGCCUCGUACACACACACACACACACACACACACACAAACACACGCUCGCACACACGAGAAACCACGUUAGGAGUCAACCGACUUGUUAGACUACUUUUGACGAAAUGAAAGACAACUUUUGGGCUUCAAAAAAGAGGCUUAUAUGAUGACAUAUGUGGCAAAUUUUUUCUCACCCCUUUUUUCCAAUGUUUACACAGCUGAUUUUUUAUGAGAUAAC